GGCGAUCAGUCAGUAGCAUUUCUAUUCGAACAAUCGAUCCUUUAGCUUCUGAGACGUGCUCUACUACAGCGCCUCCUUACGUUCAAUGGAAACUUGUUAUAGAAGACACUAGACCAGAAUCAUGGUCUUCGAUGCGAUUGAAAACUCCUCUGUAUAAUGUAUGCUACUCCCAUAUAAGUGAAUUAAGAAACAGCUCCUCAAAAGGCGGCUGGAAAUGUUUUAAAACUGGAAUUAUUUGUGAACUUCACAAAACAAAGCGAAUCAUGGUCUUUGGAGACGAAACUGUCCACACCAGGCCUCCGCUCCAAUCUUUACGGACAAUAACAAAGUUAAAGUUACCCCCAGCCGUGGUUAUUACGGAUGAUUCGGACACUUUUCCAGGAAUUAAUCCUGCAUCUUGUGACACACUGGCAGAGGAAACAUAUAGUUCCACAAACUCAACAUCCUCUAAUCCUAACAAGGAGUUUUCCAGCUUCAACUCAAAAAUCAAUGGGAUCUUCCAGUCUGUGUCUCUCAACCGCGCUUCCAUAGGGUCCAUUACAUCUUGGUCUCAGGAAGGGUUUCCAGGACUACCUAAUCAACUUCCUAAUGAAACCCAGGUUCAUAUUCAUCAGUUGCCGAACAAUAUUUUAGCGAGUGUAUCCGCCAGCUCCGUGAAAUGGGUUUCACGGCAUUACAGUUCUUUGGACGCUGUUCACUGUUCUGCCUGCUUUGGGUAGUAACCAACUACAUGUUUGUCUGCUCUCUUCGUAUCCUGGAUACUACUGAUGUCAUAGCUUUGUUCUCGUCUAAUGUAUCUUUUAUCUACCUUCUCUCCUGGGUAGUCCUUCAUCAACAGUUUGUAGGAAUAAGAAUUGUUGCAGUAAUCUUGUGUAACACCGGAAUCGCCCUUUUGGCAUAUAUGGAUGGAGUUCCCGAAACUCCAACGCUAGGGGGAGUUGUUUUAGCUUCUACUGCUGCAGCAGGAUCAGCUGUGUACAAAGUUUUCUUCAAGAAAUUGAUUGGAGAUGUCACUUCUGGACAACUUUCUAUAUUCUUUACGAUGAUUGCUCUUUUAAACCUCUUGGCUAUGUGGCCGAUUUUCAUCUUUCUUCAUCUGACGCAUAUUGAAACUAUAAAUUGGAGUCAGUUACCGUGGGUGCCACUAGUCUCAGCUGCAAUAUUAUCUUUAGUAAUCAACUUAAUAGGAAAUUUUGGAUUAGUAUGCACAUAUCAAGUGUUUCUUUCAUUUGGUCUCAUCCUCGCGGUACCAGCCUCAUCAGUCAUCGACAUCUAUAUCUAUGGCGUCGUCUUUAAAGGAAUGGAAUUGGCGGGAAUAUCACUGAUCGUUAUUGGCUUCUUACUAGUCCUACUGCCCGAUAAUUGGCCAGACUACAUCAACAUCCUAUUAAAAAUACACAGAAGGUAUCAGAAGAGGAACAAAAGCAGAUUGAAAGAAACCGAAUCUUUGAGUGGACAAAAAUCCAGACUUCGAACUGCUAAUGGCAUGGUUAAGUAGAAGAGAACAAUACGCUCAUAUUGAGAAAAUAAAAUAUAAAAGUCGGAGAGGGAAAACUUGAAAGGAGUUGUUGACUAGGAUUGGUUUUGUAUUUUUUACAAUAUAAUCCGAUUUGGAGAAAUGUACGAAACUCGCAGUCUUUGGAUAUGCUUUUGGAAGGAUUGAACUGCUAUAGAUGUAACAUAUCGUAAUGUAAAGAAUGAUUAUGUUUUUGAGACAAUUUUAUUCGAGAUUUCCUUUUGAUGAAUCUUAUAAUGAAAACGUUAACACAUAUCCCGUUUGGAUAAUGUCUAGCAUACCGGACUGUGGAUACGAGUGUUCAUCGUUGCGUCUCGUUGGCGAGACAAAAACAACAACAAAAACGGCUAUCUUCACUCUGGGGGCUAUGGGUGCGUUAUAAGAGUGACAGUCAAAUUCCACUUUUCUAUUAGCGUAGCCCAAGAAUGCUGUUGACUGCCUGUCUUCCUCAUGAUGAAUGGAUAGUUCAGGUAACCUUUGUGUAACUUUGAGCGAAUAUCGGAAGCAAACCAGAGCAUGUCUUUUUUGCGAUGUACAUUUUACGUUUCAAUGUAUCAUAUAAUGAAAUCAGUUAUAUAUUUCUAAAUUUACAACACUUAUAUAUUAAAUUCCCUUGAAGUUUUAAUGAAAAUCUUAGAAAUUAGAUACUGUGUAAGUUGUAUCCAUGUUUUGUACUUGUGAAAAAUGAAUUGUUUUCGCACGUAAAAGUGGAACUCCGGUUUUCUGUAUGCACGUUACAAAAAAUAAAAGUUUUGAAAUGCUAAAGAGUACUAUACUGAACAAAAUGUUGAAAGGCUGAUUUUUCUGUGAGUCAGUGUUAACUCAAAUUUUGUUGGGAGCUUUAAGCAACUAAUAUUGCUGCUUUGACGACUAAGGUUCUUCAAACAAGACCUAUAAUGUAUUGUAUAUAUGUCAUUAAAUAUUGUACUAUAUUCUACAACGGCAAGAUCAAUCAUAUAUAUUUAAG